UGCAGCGCAUGAUAUCAUUCGAUAUACGACUUCAAGGGACGCAAACUAUAAGAAGUAGAGGUUUACUAAAACAGAGUAAUCACUAACUGUGAAAUAGAACUGACAGCACUCAAUCUUCAAGUUUUGGUACGAAUUAUGCAAAUAUUGUAUCCUUGCGGUAAUUUAAAAAAUGGAAAUUUUUCAUCACAAUCGAGGGUAAACCAAUGAGAUCGAAGUCAUCGUUUAUACAAACUUUUUUGACGAAGACGAUCUUAGAUGAGGGAUGAAAAUAAAUCAUAAAAUUUGGACUAUUGAGUGGGAAUUAUUUGACGACAAUUUCAAUUCUUUGCAUUUUCACGACUGAGUCGCAAAGUGACCCAUUAUCACGGUAAUGUUAGCCUUGCAUCAUUGUUCUUUGGUUGAGUGAAUCCAUUUUUUAGCGGAGUGUUAUUAAGUCAGCAUGUGGUCUAGUAUCUUCAGGACAUAACAAACUCCUCAGCUCAUGGCAAGCACGAUGAUGUAUUAACCGACCUUUCCUUUUAACAAUCGAACAAAAAGCACAUGUACAUGAAAAUUAGCCGACUUGAGCCUGUACUCGCUCUUUCCGCGCCACAGAGCAUGAAGAUGUGUCAAGUUUGGGGCCGACCAUAUAAAUUCCGUUUAAUUACUUGAAAACACAGCUGUUCUUACCUAAAAAAAUAGCCAAAGGGGCUCUCAAGCCUUGAAUAUAAAGGGACGAAAGUGAACUCUUACGAGUGCUCAUUCCCCCUCUGUUCUAAAACUAUUAGCUUUUAUCAAUGUUCAUCAGGAUUAUCGAUAUUGAUUGUUUUUCCUGCAUUUCAAAUAUGUAAAACGAGAUGCUUACAAGUCCAGCAUAAGUGAUGCAGCACGACUCCACACUCCACAAUGAUCAUGUCCCUGUUUUGCAUUUUAAGCAGUUUUUCGCUUUACAAUCGAAUGAGCACUCAUCAUGGCGGCGAUGGCAUCUCUUAAUGUAGCUACGAUCAGUUUUCCAGUGAUAAGUUCCUUCGCAAGGCUAUGAUCAUAUCCGAAAAAAGCGAGGUGGUCGUUUUACGACGUGAUUUACGAUGAAAGCAAUGUUGUUGCUGCACAGGACUUGGGUUCUUACCGCAAGUUUGGCGACUCUUCAUGGCUGCGUGGCUGAUCCAAAGAUUGGUGAAUGCAACAUGACCUAUUUCAUAACAGGAGGAUUCAGUUGUCAGAGGAAAAUGGUGUCUGAUUUAAAACACAAACCAAAUGCCAACUGCAGUGUUGAAUAUCAAGAUCAGACCUCAUGUCUGGUUGAUCAUUUGAAGUCUUGCUUGACUGGUCUUUUUGCUGGUUUUGUUCCUGCCGUCACAUCGUUGAUAAAAUUACUGUUAUACCAUUGUGGGGAUCUUAAAGUGGAUCCGGCGUUGAUAGAUCAGUUCCUGCUUAAUCAAAUCCAGUGCAAGGGUUCAGUUUUCGCGCAAACUGUGGAGUGUUGGAAUGAUUUUCGGGAGAGGUUGAACAGAGACAAGACAGAUCCGAAGCUCUGCAGCGACUACGCUGUUGCAAAGGAAUGCGUGACAAGAGAGGCAAAGACUGGUUGUGCAAUCGGACAGUACGUUAAUAGGGACUUGUUUAACCCUUUCUGCACAUACAACACAGAUCCACCGUUGAACAGUUCUGAACCAUCAAUCUAUAUUGGAAGUUGCACCACCCAGACGUUCGCUACGUCGGCAUAUUCAUGUCAACGCAAGAUGAUUACAAACCUGGCGAAGAAAAAUAGCCCGACUUGCCGGCAGGAGUAUAAUAACCUAAAGCUUUGUUUGUCAGCGACUACGGAUAGUUGUUUAACAAAUACAGCGCUCUCUCCAUUCAAAGACGAAGUUCAACGACUUGUACGAACACUUUUAUAUCACUGUGGAGAUCUCAGAGGGAAUGAGCUAUCUAUAAGCCCUUUCCUGUUGGAGGCAUUGAACUGUAACAAGAGUAUGUUUGAGACUUCCGUGGGAUGUUGGGAUCAGUUUCGUCUCCGAUUGAUCUUAAACAAUGAAGACAGGCAACUUUGUGUAGAUUACGCUAGGUCUAAGCAAUGUAUCUCGAUGGCUGUACAAAAUGGUUGUGCCAUUGGAGAUCUCAUGGAAGACGACCUUUACAACCCAUUUUGCGUGGAUGGCAUCGAUCCACUUGCCCUUCCAUCUGCCUCAGCUCUUAUAUCUGGACGGUUUACAUUUGUGUGCGGAAACGAUUUCUUUUACAGAAAGGGAAUUGAAUGUGAAGACCAUUUCCUCACAGCCAUCUAUUCCGCAGAAGGAGAUGCCAAUUGUGGACGUCAAUCUGAGUCAUUCUUGCGCUGUUUAAAAGAGAAUUUUGAACCUUGCAUCGAACCAUCUCCGAAUUCCAUUCUAUUGGAAUCGCUCAGCAUCGUAGUUCUCCAAAGCUUACAAGGAACACAACUACUUUGUGACUCGUCUGUGUAUCAAAUUGCUUGGGAUGAUCUUCCACCUCUUCUACGAAAAGUAGCAACUUGUGACAAUGAUUAUUCAGCUGUUGUCGCUGAUUGUGGUAGAACGUUCCGUUCCAAGUUUAUUCCCGUUCCCUCGCCCCUGUGUGAAGAAUUCGAGAAUGGAAAAUCUUGCAUCGAUGAGGCAAGGCAAACACAUUGCUCCUUUGAUGUUCAAACCCUGCGAACUCUCAAGGGUAAUAUAAAUCCAUUCUGUGACAACAGAACUCGACCUUUAUUUAGAGACGUCGGCAGUUGUCAAAGUAUAAACCAGAAACUGGCUUUUGCCGUGCUUAUUUUUAGUGUCAUGAGCUGUGUUUCUUGCAGGUAGCUCUCCACAUAUACAGAUAGCUCAUAUAUGUUAGACCUGCAAUAAUCAUUGACAUCUGGUCUACCUUUUGGUGAUGUAAAUAGAGACGCAUUCUUUUUGUAUAGAUAUCGCUACCGUGGAUACUGAGAGAAACAACUUUAAAUAAAGAAGGGGCUCGAGGGAUGAUAAUUUUCAGUUUUUUAAACAAAUCUCAUCUCAACUGCAUCAUUUCUUCUCAA